GCUUCCCGCGGAAGGGACGAUGGCGGCCCAGCUGCUGCUGGCGGCGCUGGGAGCGGCGCUGGGUCUCUUCGCCGCGGCGGGGAAGAUGAAGAUCGUGGAGGAGCCCAACACGUUCGGGUUGAAUAACCCAUUCUUGCCUCAAACAAAUAGGCUCCAGCCAAAGAUGUCCCCGUCUGCAGUAUCAGGCCCUGCACAUCUCUUUAGGCUUGCUGGCAAGUGUUUCAGUUUUGUGGAAUCCACGUACAAGUAUGAGUUUUGUCCCUUUCAUAACGUCACUCAGCAUGAGCAGACAUUUCGAUGGAAUGCCUAUAGUGGGAUUUUAGGAAUCUGGCAUGAAUGGGAAAUUAACAACAACACAUUUGUUGGAAUGUGGAUGAGGGAAGGAGACUCAUGUGAAACUAAGACCAGACAAACAAAGGUUCAUCUUGUUUGUGGAAAGAGCAAUAAAUUGGCUUAUGUGUCUGAGCCAAGUACUUGUGUUUACUCUGUGACAUUUGAGACUCCUCUCGUGUGCCAUCCCCACUCUCUUUUAGUUUAUCCAACUCUGACUGAAGCACUGCAAAGGAAGUGGGAUGAAGCAGAGCAGCUUCUGUAUGAUGAACUAAUAACUGACCAGGGUUACAGAAAAAUACUGAAAGAGAUUUUUGAGGAAGCGGGACUUCUAAAAGCAACAGAGGAAAAGGAAGCUGAGAAACAGAGUAAGAAAAUAAGUCUGGAAUUCAAAACAGUGGAAAAGUGCAGUAAGGAAUACAAGCAACUUUCUGAAGAAAUAAAAAAACUUAAAGUUUUAUUAGAUCAGCAUGGUAUUUCAUACAAAGCUAAUUCUGCUGAAAAUACCAGUGUUGAAUAUGUAAGUCACAAACUGGCAACUGCAGUGACAACAGUUCUUAAUGGCUCAAAGGAUGAGCACCUGCAUGGCGGCACAGGAAUUUGGAACUACACUGUAUGAAGAAACUUGGGUGGUUCAUAUGGAAUGUCAAUUAAAUUGAACAUAUGUCAUUCCACUAAAAUGAUUUACCUUCUUGCAAGUAUUCUUGAUUUUAUGAAUUUCUGCCCUAAAGCAAAGUAAGUGUGAGGGCUCACCAUUAUGAGAACAGCUGGCUAGUUUCUGAAAACAUUUUUAAAACUUCUUUGCUAAGACUGGUAUUUGGCACAGGUUUACAGAUGCUAUGUUUGUCCAAUCUCAGCUUUGUUUUAUUGAUCAGGUGUGGUAACAGGUGGUGUAACAGAAAACAGCUCAAGAACAGUGCUGUUAGAUGUUGUACGAAAGGUAAUAAAUACAAUGUUAAGAACAUGUUA